CAGUAUGGCGGGUAACAGAAGGAUUUGACUCUCCAGCUAUUUUAAGUAGUCGGAGUAGAAUAUUAGUUGAGAGAUGGCUUCGUUUGUAACAGAAGUGUUGGCAAGCUCGGGGAAACUAGAAAAAGAUGACCUGGCUUCAAAAGUAUCCAAGCUGUCGCGGAAAGUGGAGGAAACCAAAGAGGAGGUGUCUGACAUGAUUAAUAAAAAAUACAGUGAGUUCAUACCAAGCAUGGAAGCUGCUGAAGAACUGAUCGACCAGGUGGACUCUGUAUCUAAAGACAUUGAUCUUCUGAAAAGUUGUAUAGAGAAUGAGGUGCAAAGAAACCUCCAUGAGGCUGUAACAGAAUAUGCCAAACUCAAACAGCAGCUUGAGAAGAACGUGGCUGUGAUAAGCAUGCUUCAGCAUCUACAAGAGUUUGACACAGCCAUGGAAGGAUAUCACAAGACCUUACAAGAGAAGAAAUAUGAAGCAGCAGCAAAAGAACUUGAAAAGGCACGCGGCAGUGUCGAGGCCUUGAAGGCUUUGAAAACAUCAGAAUUACCUUUACUUCGGGCACUAAGCUCCGAGCUGACUGUUCAGAGAGAGAACCUCAUUUAUCACCUCGGGGAGGAGUGGAAGCAACUGGCAGUGUGGAAGCUGCCCCCUGCCAAAGAACUUACCGGCAUGCAGUCUUUCCUUACAACAGCACUUCAUUUGAACAUAGGAGAAUCUAAAGAGGCCGGUCCAAAUCCUCUUUUUUCCAGUGUACUUCAGGCCCUUGCCAUUCAAGGAGAGCUGCACAAGAAAAUUAAACUGUUUGGUCAGGUGUUAGUGAAGUAUAUCCUGAAGCCCCUGAUUAUGUUCUCCUCUCUAUGGGUGGAGGUAGUUGAGCAGCCUGAGCUGGGCACAGUUCUAACUGUUCAGAGUGAAGAAAACCAAACGGAGCGUCCAGCUCCUGCUCAAGUCUACGCCAAAAUCCUGUCAGUGCUGAAGACUCUGCACAAACACCUAUUUGAUACAACUGUAGGUGAGAAGAAAGUAUCUGCUAUACUGGGAGAGCAGAUCUGGGAGGAGAUGUCUGACUGUAUCAUCCGUGAAUGCUUAUUGUAUUCAAUACCGACUAACAGCAGUCAGCUAGCGACCUACGAUGUGGUUAUUAAAGAAACUGAAGAUUUUGAAAACCAGUUAAAAGAGAUGGGCUACCUCGCUGGAGAGUCCACAGAUCUCCUCAAGUACGCAAGAAAUGUCAACUGUCAUUUCGCCAGCAAAAAAUGCCAAGAUGUGAUCGUGGCUGCCCGCAAACUGAUGACCUCAGAAAUGCACAAUACAAUUAAAAUCUCUCCUGACUACAAGCUCACUCUACCUAAACUGCCCAGCCUGGGUGGAGGGGGCAAAGAGAAGCACGAGGGUAAGAAGAGUGCCCAGUAUGACCAGCAGAUCCUGGAGAACGAGAAGCAGCUGGCCCAGCGCACUUUGUGCUUGCCUGUGUGUCGCAUCAGUGAAUCUGUGCAGCAGUUAAUGGAUCUAGCUAUCAAGACCCUGUCUGAGGCAGUGGGCAGCUCUCCCCAGUGCGCUGUUCAGCUUUUCUACACGACCAGAAAUAUCUUUCACCUCUUCUAUGAUGUUGUGCCUACGUACCACAAGGACAACCUACUAAAGUUCCCUCACUUGGCCGCCAUUCACCACAACAACUGCAUGUUUCUGGCUCAUCAUCUGCUGACGCUCGGCCACCAGUUCAGACCACAUCUUCCUUUAAAGGACGGAGUGGCUUAUUUUGUGGAUUUGGUCCCAGGCUUUCGGAAACUAGGUGCUCAGUGCUUUGUGGCACAGAUGAACGUCCAGAAAGCAGAAAUGUUAGAGAGACUGUCCACUGCCAGAAACUUCUCCAAUUUGGAUGAUGAAGAUAAUUACACUGCAGCCAGCAAAGCAGUCAGACAGGUGAUUCAUCAACUGAAGCGACUGGGGAAAGUCUGGCAAGAUGUUUUACCAGUAAACAUCUACUGCAAAUCUAUGGGAACACUUCUGAACACAGCCAUAUCUGAACUGAUCGGUAAAAUCAUGAUGUUAGAGGAUAUUUCAACUGAGGACGGCGAGAGGCUGCACACACUGUGCCAGACCAUCAUCGAGGAGGGGCCGCUGGUCUUCACCCCACUACCGGAAGAGAACAAGAACAAGAAGUACCAAGAGGAAGUGCCAGUCUAUGUUAAAAAGUGGAUGACCUUUAAGGAGCUCUCCAUUGUACUGCAGGCCAAUCUGCAAGAGAUCGUGGACAGGUGGGCGGAGGGUAAAGGACCCCUGGCGCAGGAGUUCACCAGUAACGAAAUGAAGAGUUUGAUUCGAGCUCUGUUCCAGAACACGGACAGACGAGCGGUGGCUCUCACAAAAAUCAAAUAAAGACUAACCACCACUGCACUUAAUACGCUACAAUGCUAAAACAAACACGCUGCUCUUCCUUCUUUCAUCUUUUUGUUUGUAUUUUUCUAUUCUGCUGCCAAAUCAAUAAUAACAAUAACAAUAAAUGUAUUUUCAAGCA